AUGUGGAAAGGUGGUCGUGGGAAGGGGAGGGAGCCAUGCCGUUUUUGGGCAUCAGGUUCUUGUAUGCGAGGAGACAGCUGCUGGUACUCUCACGAGAGCACGGAUGCUACGGCUCCGGCAUUCGCCGGCAAGGGAAAGAGCGGCAAGGGAAGCACGCAUAGAGAGCAAGGCUACAAAGGCGCGCAGACGUUCGCCAAAGGCAAAGGAAAUGCCAAAGGCAAGAAGGGCAAGAAAGGCAAGCGCGGAGGUCCGGCCUUUGAGCCGAUGAUUUUCAUGAACUCCGUACGCGACCACCCCGAUGAGCUCUAUUCGGCAGCAAGGGCUGCAAAGCAUAGUGGGGACACUCCCCUUGCAAUCGAACUCCUCUUCAUGGCCAUUCAGAUCGAUGCUACGAUGGGCCCUGAGUUUUCCAGCCGCAGCACAAGCAGGCGCGCCAGCAGGGAUCUUGAGAAGUGGGCUCUCACAAGCGAGAAAGAAGUAGAGAAGAGCCUUGUCAUCUUCGAGCGUGUCAACCGACGACUCGGCUUAUCGCUGGAGAGUGGGAGCGAGGCUGGCUUCAGUGAUGACCUUGAUGACCUUGAUGACCUCUUUGGACCUAACUACGACGAAGAUGAAGAUGAGGAGGUUGUUUUCCUAAGGCCUGACGGCACCACUGAGUCAAAGACUGUAUCAUGGUGCUUGGGUAACGACUUCUUCGAAGUUCGGCCAGGAGUCUGGUCAGGACCCUGGUACGACGCUAGUCAUCAAGGGGCACCCUGUGGUGCAAAUCGAGAACACGACGAUGAGAGCGAGCCAGAUGCAUGCGAUGAGUCAGACUUGUACGUCCGAGCAGAGCUGAUGGAAGCCCGACACAAGACACAGCAGAUGCAACUAGGACUGACGCCCGCACACACAGAAGCCAUUUUCAACGACAGCUACGUGGAGCUCGAAUCCCAACUGCAAUUGAUGCAGGCGCGCGAGUAUGCCGAGAAGCGGCGAUCGCACAGCCAGAAGAAGUUGCGGUUGCUUCGGGAUGUGGUGGCUAAAGGCGUCAAGGGCUUGGACGAAGGAGACCUCCAUGUCCAUGAAGAGGUACUGAAAGUCUUGCUUGCUGAUUUCAAGGAAGAUGCCGAUGCCCUCCUGGUUGCCAAUGCAUCCUGCAACUCGGGUUCGGUAGAGCGAGGCAGUGCCAUAGACUAUGUGCAUCGCAUGCUCAGCCUGCACGCGCGUCUGCACCAGCGCCUUCUCACUGACGUCCUGGACCUGGUCGGGUACUGGUGCGAUGUGCCAUUCUGCCGUACGCUUUUGGUGCGGCAAGGUCUUUUGCAACUGCUUGGUGGAGUUCUGGACAGAUGGCCCGUUUGCGAUGAGAAUUCUGCCGGAAUCCGGUUGAAAGCGCUGGAGGCCCUGCCACAGGUGAUUGUCGAUCGAGAUUCCCACACUCAAGCAGUGUCCGCAGAAGGUGUGGCACUGUUGCGAGGACUUGCGGACUCUGCAUGCCACGCAGAGCAGCCACUGCAUCAGUUCUAUGCACUUUCAAUUGCAGCCAAUGGCCUCGGAAAUCCAGGAACAGGCCUUGCACGUGCACUCCUCAAGCAAGGAUUGCUGGGCCCUGCCAUCCUCUUAGAGCACGCAGGUGGUCGCUGCACAGUACAUGGCUCCAAGCGCAGCAUUCGGGAUGCCGCCCAUCACUUCAUUAGCUCUAUGAGCAUGCGUCUUGGCACAGAGACGAUCCCCAUCGUCAGGAAGUCCUUGCAAGGCCUCCUCACCAAGGGCAAGCCGUGGAACGCGGCAGAUGAGGAACGAUGGCGCAGAUCAUCCUCUGGAAACCAAGCAGCUGAUUGCAGCCUGCAGUAG